CAUAUCCUCCGCAAUCGUACUAUUUCAUUCAUUAUGGUGUGGUGGACGAAGAGAAGGGCCACAAGAUGAUGCAUAAGGUGAUAGUACAGCCACCCCAAGAAAAGAAGAGGGCUACGAGCAGUAAGCCCAGAAAACCCGCAACUCCCGUAAUUGGAUUGGGCCAGGUCCAAGGUGCUCCUGGACAUAAAGGAUAAGCAGAUCAUCUUCUGGUCAGACCUAUACUGUUAAAAAUAGAAGAGCGUGACCCGAAGAGAUAUUGCUAGUUCCUCGAAGACAUUGGCCACCACACCGAUGAGUGUCAAGCUUUGAAAAAAAAUUAGAAGAAUUGAUAAACACAGAUGAAAAAGAAUUGAUUAAGUUUAACUUCGUACCUGACACUUCCUGCAAACUAUGACAAAAUUGUUAUGUAAACCUGGGGUUGUUCAGAUACAUUAGACACAAGUACUACAUUUAGUUUCACUAUCUUGUCCACAUACAUUUGAGCUAAUCUUUCUAGUGAAUAAUUCAUCAAAAUAAAAAUCGGGAAAAUCCUAUACAAUAGAGAUAUCUGAUAAAACCGGCUUUUUUUUUUGCCUCAGUAUCAACCGCAUUAGCUAGAUAACUUACCAUCCAUUACUAAGCAAAUGUCUAGUUUGUAGAGCUAAUAUCAAGUGGAAUGAUGGUUCAACUAUAGCUCUAUGAAAUCGAAACUCAGCUUUGCUCUUGGGUUUAAACACCCCAUCCUUCUCAAAACAAUUAAUAUUAGUAUGGUAGGAGGCUAAACUAAUCCAUUCUAAGAUUACAUCAAAGUUUUGCAGAUCUAGUAAAAUUAGGUUAGCAAAAAGUUCUUUACCAUCAAUAUUAACUAAACAAGACUAAAAGAAAAAAAUAAUCACAUAUUCUUGUAUAAUAUCUCCACUUUCAACCUUGCGUGGAGUUUCCUAAAUUGUUCAAGUGCUCUUGUGGCAUCAUUUACACCGGUUUGCUAAGGACCCCAAGUUAUAUGGGAAAGCCAGACACGUAGACAUCAUAUAUUACUACAUUUGAGAAAUAGUUAUGCAAGGGGAAGGUGUCUUGAAGCAUAUCUCCAUGAUUAGCAUGGUGGCUGAUCCAUUAACCAAACCCAUUGCUCAGGACGUUUUCCUUACUCAUAAUAAGAAUCUGGGACUACGACAUGGGUGAUUUGUAUUUUGAGUUUGAACAUUUCUUUAGACAUUGUUUUAUCACUAUAACACCCUAAUCUAACUUCACCCCUAACCUGUGUACAGGCAAGAAUGCAGAACAGAGGAAGGCAGCUCUGUCAUGGUUGGCAGUUGUGGAAUGUCAGGAAGGCAGGAAUGACCCCACCUGUUAAUGCUCAGCUUGUCAGUAUCAUUGGAAAGUUUACCAGGAAAGAUGGACCAAAAGAGAAAGAAGGAAGAGAAGAGAAGAAGAAGGAAGGAGAAGGAAAAGAAGGAAGAAGAAAAGGUAGAGAAGGAGCUUCACCUAAGGUUGUUGUUGUACCACCACUGUCCACAGGAAAUAUAAUCAGCGGUGAGGACGUAACUGAAAUUGGGAAUCCAGAAUACGGAAAGCUGAAAACGAAGAUGGUGAGACCUGUGUUUUGUUGGCCAAUGGCCAUAGACCUUUUGGCUGGUAUUCCAGAGGAUGAGACUGACCACGAACCUGAGUGCGGAUGUGAUGACUGUGCCUUCGGAGGCCAGUUCUUCUGACGAAUAGGAUAAACUUAUCAGAAUCUCUUUUUGUGUAUAUAUUGUUCCGUUGGAUCACGUACUCUGAUGUAUUUACCUACUAUUGAUGGAAUGAGAACCUUGUAAAUAUUUGUUCUGGAACUAUGUUAAUACCUACUAGAAUUGUAAAUAUGUCUUAUCAUGUAGCAGACAUUGGAGAUAUGAUAAUAUAUGUGACUACUGGACUGAUGUACAAAAGAACAGAUAUACAUA